GACGCGCCUCACACGCGCGCGCACACACUCACAUAAACUAACGGAUUACCGGCAAUGAAUCACGGGUGUAAGGCGUCUGAUCCCUGAAGUUUCAGAAACACCGGACAGGUCCGACCCACGGAUGACCGACAUGAGCGAGAGAUUUAUGGUCGUGCCGGUGGACCGCGGCGACGCGCGCGCAGGUGAAGACAGAGUGGACGGAGAUUCCGUUUUUUUGGACGCCGGUGCCGGUGAAGACGAACGGCGGGGAUCAGUGCCCAUCCUCCAGUACAGCAGAGAGCCCAACAGAUUCGGUGCUGGAAACCCGAGGGAAAGCAGUCCCUUCAUCAAUAACACAGAUGACGAGAAAGGAAACCUCUAUGAUGGGAAAAACAUGGCACUUUUUGAGGAGGAGAUGGAGAGCAAUCCCAUGGUGUCGUCGCUCCUCAACAAACUGGCCAACUACACGAACCUCACGCAGGGCGUCAGAGAACACGAGGAAGCUGAUGAAGACGAGGGUGCCAAGAAGAAAACUGUCAAGAGUCCACAGAUGGGGACGUUUAUCGGAGUUUACCUGCCCUGUCUGCAAAAUAUCCUGGGAGUGAUUCUGUUCCUGCGAAUGACGUGGAUUGUGGGGACGGCAGGAAUCCUGGAGUCGUUUAUAAUUGUGUCCAUGUGCUGCUCGUGUACAAUGUUAACAGCCAUAUCAAUGAGUGCCAUUGCUACAAACGGUGUUGUUCCAGCUGGAGGUUCAUACUACAUGAUCUCCAGAUCUCUGGGUCCUGAGUUUGGAGGUGCGGUGGGUCUCUGUUUCUAUCUGGGCACUACGUUCGCUGGGGCCAUGUACAUCCUCGGUACGAUUGAGAUACUGCUGACUUAUAUAUUGCCCGGCGCUGCCAUCUUUAAAACAGAAGUGAAAGAGCUGCAGGCCGAGGCCAUGCUGAAUAACAUGCGUGUUUAUGGCACGUGUUGUCUGACGCUCAUGGCUCUGGUGGUGUUUGUGGGGGUGAAAUAUGUCAAUAAACUGGCUCUGGUGUUUCUCGCCUGCGUGGUGCUCUCCAUCCUGGCCAUCUACGCCGGUGUUAUCAAAACCAUCUUUGAGCCGCCCGUUUUCCCAGUCUGUUUGCUGGGCAACCGCACGCUUCAGAACCACGACUUUGACAAGUGCUUGAAAACAGACAUAAUAAACAACGUGACGGUGACCACAAAGCUCUGGUCACUCUUCUGUAAAGGGCCGGAGCUCAACGCCAGCUGUAAUGAAUACUUCACUCUCAAUAAUGUCACAGAGAUUCCGGGCAUCCCUGGACUCACCAGCGGAGUCAUUUCAGAGAACAUGUGGAGCAGUUACGGUCCUGCUGGGAUGCUGGUGGAGAAACCCAUAGAGGCAGAGACGGCCAGUGACGGGUCACAGGACAUCUACAUGCCGUAUGUGGUCAAUGACAUCACCACUUUCUUCACACUGCUGGUGGGGAUCUACUUCCCCUCCGUCACAGGUAUCAUGGCAGGAUCAAACAGGUCCGGAGACCUGAGAGACGCUCAGCGCUCCAUCCCCAUAGGAACCAUCCUCGCCAUAGUAACAACCACCAUCAUCUAUCUUUCCUGUGUUGUGUUGUUUGGCGCCUGCAUCGAGGGUGUGGUGCUCCGAGACAAGUUUGGAGACUCCGUUAAAGGGAACCUGGUGAUCGGCACUCUGUCUUGGCCUUCGCCGUGGGUGAUCGUGAUUGGUUCAUUCUUCUCCUGCUGUGGGGCGGGGCUUCAGAGUCUCACCGGCGCCCCCCGUCUGCUUCAGGCCAUCGCUCGAGACGGCAUAGUGCCCUUCCUGGAGGUGUUUGGUCACGGUAAAGCAAACGGAGAACCCACCUGGGCUCUUCUCCUGACGGCGCUCAUCUGUGAGAGCGGGAUUCUCAUCGCCUCUCUCGAUGCCGUCGCGCCCAUCCUCUCAAUGUUUUUUCUGAUGUGUUAUCUGUUUGUGAACCUGGCGUGUGCUCUGCAGACGCUGUUGAGGACACCAAACUGGAGACCACGCUUCAAAUACUACCACUGGGCUCUGUCGUUUCUGGGCAUGAGUUUAUGUCUGGCUCUGAUGUUCAUCUCGUCCUGGUACUACGCUCUGGUGGCCAUGCUCAUCGCUGGGUGCAUCUACAAAUACAUCGAGUACCGCGGGGCGGAGAAGGAAUGGGGUGAUGGGAUCCGGGGUGUGUCUCUCAAUGCCGCUCGCUAUGCUCUCAUACGACUGGAGGAGGCGCCACCACACACCAAAAACUGGAGGCCUCAGCUGUUGGUUCUGUUGAAUCUGGACUCUGAGCUGUCUGUGAAACAUCCUCGUCUUCUGUCCUUCACCACACAACUGAAGGCUGGUAAAGGUUUGACCAUCGUGGGCUCAGUGCUGGAGGGAACUUACCUGACCAAAGAGACGGAGGCCAAAAGAGCAGAACAGAACAUCAAAUCUGCCAUGACGGCCGAGAAGACCAAAGGUUUCUGUCACGUCGUGGCGUCGUCCAACCUGCGUGACGGCAUCUCUCACCUCAUCCAAUCAGCUGGUCUCGGGGGGAUGAAACACAACAGCGUCCUGAUGGCUUGGCCUGCGUCCUGGAAACAGUCCAAUGACCCGCAAUCUUGGAAGAGCUUCAUAGAGACGGUUCGAGAGACCACGGCUGCCCAUCAGGCCCUGCUGGUGGCCAAAAACAUAGACAGUUUUCCUCACCAAGAGCGGCUCACCGAGGGAACCAUCGACGUCUGGUGGAUCGUCCACGACGGGGGAAUGUUAAUGCUGCUUCCGUUCCUGCUGCGGCAGCAUAAGGUGUGGAGGAAAUGUAAGAUGCGCAUCUUCACGGUGGCUCAGAUGGACGACAACAGCAUCCAGAUGAAGAAAGACCUGCAGAUGUUCCUCUAUCACCUCCGGCUGAACGCUGAGGUGGAGGUGGUGGAGAUGCACGAAAGUGACAUCUCGGCGUUCACGUAUGAGAAGACUCUGGUGAUGGAGCAGCGCUCCCAGAUGCUCAAACAGAUGCAGCUGUCGCGGACGGAGAGAGAACGAGAGAUUCAAAGCAUCACUGACGAAUCGCGUAGCUCCAUUCGACGGAAGAAGCAAAGCGACGCUCACAGCUCGGGCGUUCAUAACCAGAGCAGCCAGCUAGAUGACGCUAGCCCAGAUGAGGCCCAGCUCAUCCAUGACAGAAACACAGCGUCUCACUCGGCGUUGAACGACAAGGCUGACGCGACGCCUGAACGUGUCCAAAUGACCUGGACCAAAGAGAAGUACUUCACCGAACGCAACCGAAACCGAGAGGCCAUUGCAAACAUGGCAGUCCGGGACCUUUUCAACAUGAAACCCGAGUGGGAGAGUCUAAAGCAGUCUAACGUGCGCUGCAUGCACACCGCUGUGAAACUGAAUGAAGUGGUGGUGUGUAAGUCACAGGACGCUCACCUGGUGCUCCUCAACAUGCCCGGACCGCCGAAAAACAGUGAAGGAGAUGAGAACUACAUGGAGUUCCUGGAGGUGAUGAUGGAGGGUCUCAACCGGGUCCUGUUGGUGCGUGGAGGUGGCCAAGAGGUCAUCACCAUAUAUUCAUAAAGUCACGUGAUGCCCAACGCAGUACUUCGGUUUCUUUUUUCGGGCGUGGUGGAAAUCCUAAUGCUGGCUUUUAUAGUGGCAUUACGCCCGGCUGUGAGUUUAAUAGAGGACGAUGAUGUUUUGUUGGCCCUGGUGAGGAGAACGUGAAGCUUGUGUGGAAACGGAGACAGUGCACACGCGUGUUGAGAAGCCUGCAUAACGCCACGCACCGACGCGUUAAUUUAUGCUCAUUGACUCACUUUCCUUUUGUUUUCUGUUGUUUGUUUGUACAGUCUAUGCUAGGUUUUUAUGUCUGUUCAUUGUAUAAAAUCUGCCCGUGGCAAUAUGUCCACAAACUGUCUGGAUGGUUUUACGAAGAUGUCGAUGACUCUGCUACAAAACGAAAGCCAGCAGAUUGUAUGCGCAUUGUGCAAAGUUCGUUUUAUUGGGCUGAAAUUCAGUUCACAGUGUUUUUAACAGCUGCUGUGUUGAGUCACACACGCAGGAUUGUUUUAAAAGCCAUUUCGUCUGUUCAUCACGUGUGAUGAUUAUCCAAAAAAUGUCCUCGGCAGGUCUCCAUCAAGAACCUGUCUCACGUUUUUAUUUGCAUACGGUUCCAGAUGUUCUUUAUCCACAAUAUCUAUUCUCAAUAAUCCAUGCAGUGUUCUACUUUUCUUUUCUUUUUUUUGCAAAAUGACUGAUUCCUAUAACAGAUGUGAAAGACAUGGCUCAUAGUCUUUGAGUAUAUUCUGUAACGUAACACAUUCAGCAUCUUCACCAAUUAUAUGAAAUGUGCAAUAACUUGAAAUGUUAUGAAGGCUUCGCUGACCUAAAACAGCAAUAGUUUUGUAUCAUAUUAGCUGAACUGUUUAACAAAAGGAUAAAAGCCAUCACAUUUCACAUGCUGUGGUCUUAUCAUGAAACAUUUACUGUGUUAAAGCGGCCGUAACUCCAACAGUUUCUGCAUAUCUCAUGUUAAUCUUGAGUACUUACAGAAUAGUAUCGCACCCUUCAAAUAUCUGUAGAGACUUUAGUUUGAUCACAUUUAUGAAAGACAGAUACAGCUGUACGAUUAUUUCCGAAAACAUAUGACGCAUGUGGGAGGGACAUCGGUUUCACUUACCGCAUGCGGUUCAUGUCCGGCAUCUUUUAAUAGCUGGGACCGCCGUUCCAUCUAUCAGAUUCAAACGAUCUCCAAAUCCAGCGUUAUAUCCACCGUUUAUAUAACAUUCAUCACCCAAAUGCAGUGAACAAACAAAUACAGCUGAACUUCGCGAACAUAGAGCUCUCGCUUCUGCACGCAAGUGAAAGUGACUCUUUCUCCCGCUUCCUUGGUUGAAGUGUGCCGCGUGCUUUUCCGAGAGAAUUAUCCAAUAAGGGAUUAAGAAAAGUUGUUACGAAACGGACAAGAUGACCAUGCCAUGCAUGAGAUGACAACACGUUUAACAUCGUAAAUAACUCAGAAUGCAUGAAACACCGUUGCACGGCCGCUUUAAGAGAAAUCACAGAGAUCAGUUUGUCUGUUUGAUUUCAGCUGGAUUUGCACAUUUUUUUGUUUGUUUUGUUUUGAAAAUUAUAUCAUAAGAGGCGAGGGCACAGCUGCCAUGUGUGUGAUUGACCAGUACUGAACAUCAUCUCAUCCUCACAGCAAUAAAUGUGUUUGUCCCCAUCAGCUGGAACAACAUUUACUGUCUGUAUUAAUCUGCAUAUAGAAUAUGAUGACCUCUGCAGGUGACCCCACAAACAUGACCUUUGCAGGUGACCCCCACAUCUCCUCUGCAGGUGACCCCUAUACGACCUCUGCAGGUGACCCAAUACAUCUCAUCAUCAGGUGACCCCUAUACGACCUCUGCAGGUGACCCAACAUAAUCUCUGCACGUGACCCAGACAGGUGACCCCAACACAUCACCUCAGCAGGUGACCCGACCACACAUGACCUCUGCAGGUGUCCCCCACAUCACCUCUCCAGAUGACCCCAACAUAUCUCCUCAUCAGGUAACCCCUAUACGACCUCUGCAGGUGACCCAACAUAAUCUCUGCACGUGACCCAAACAUCACCUCAGCAGGUGACCCCAACACAUCUCCUCAUCAGGUGACCCCUAUACGACCUCUGCACGUGACCCAAACAUCACCUCAGCAGGUGACCCCAACACAUCUCCUCAUCAGGUGACCCCUAUACGACCUCUGCAGGUGACCCAACAUAAUCUCUGCACGUGACCCAAACAUCACCUCUGC